GUUAAUUAUUCCCAGAAAUGCAAGAAACAAACCGUACUGCACUUGGGGGUGGAAAGAGGCCAAGCAGAGGUGGUGAACCCUGAAAGUGAGCUCUAGGAUAGGAGAGGAGCCAGCCAACAAACGAGAAGAAUAAAAGCUAGGAGAGGUCCAAGAUUCCCACUGGACCUUGGUUCCCUUCUCUUUUCUUGGCUCAUUGGAAGGUCCUGCCUGCCAUCUGGGUUCGUGGCGACCGGCGCAAGAGAGCCUGGGGUUUUGGGAGCUCUAGCAUCAAUCAUCUGGUUUUGUUUCCUUGGUGCACUGGCUUCUGGGGGGAAAUUGUAUCAGGUGCUGUGUUCAUGGCCCAAGGCUAUUGAUUGGUGGGGAUCCCAGUGCUUGCAACGGUUGGUCCAAGGCAGCCUUUGCCUCCUGUAAAUCAGAGAAGGCAAGUCUUGAAUUUUUCGCGAUCACAAUCUCAGGUCCGUAGGAAUCAAGAGAAGCAACCGUAAUCACCGGAGUUGGUGAGGCAAGGGGUUACCUGGAUUUUCCCAAGAACAGGAAUCCCUCCGGUCACGUCUGGUUGAUUCUUGGGCUUGGACAUGGAGAGGCAGACCAGCUUCCGCCUGGGCGCGCUGGAGAAGCUCAAGAGCUUCCGGGGAAUGGACAACUUCAGGCGGAGCAAGGACAGUCCCGGCAAGCGCGGUGACACGCCGCUCCACCUCGCGGCGAGGGCCGGCAACGUCUCCAACGUCCAGAGGAUCCUUGCCGAACCCGGCCGGGAGCUGGCCGGCGAACUGGCCGCCCGGCCGAACCAGGACGGGGAGACGGCGCUGUACGUGGCCGCCGACAAGGGGCACACCGAGGUGGUGCGCGAGAUCCUGAAGGUGUCCGAUAUGCAGACGGCGGGGAUCAAGGCCAGCAACAGCUUCGACGCCUUCCACAUCGCGGCCAAGCAGGGCCAUCUGGAUGUUUUGAAGGAGCUGCUGCAGGCCUUUCCUGCUCUAGCUAUGACCACAAACUCUGUAAACGCCACAGCUCUGGAAACUGCUGCCAUUCAGGGUCACAUUGAUAUUGUCAACCUCCUACUGGAAACCGAUGCUAGCCUUGCCAAAAUUGCGAGAAACAAUGGGAAGACAGUUUUGCAUUCCGCGGCGAGGAUGGGCCAUGUGGAAGUUGUAAGAUCCUUGUUGAAUAAGGAUCCAGGGAUUGGUUUAAGAACGGACAAGAAGGGGCAAACGGCGCUGCAUAUGGCGUCGAAAGGAACAAAUGCUGAAAUUGUGGUUGAGUUGUUGAAGCCUGAUGUCUCAGUUAGCCAUUUAGAAGACAACAAGGGGAAUCGGCCACUUCAUGUCGCAACUCGGAAGGGAAAUAUCAUUAUAGUGCAGACCCUACUAUCAGUGGAGGGGAUUGAUGUGAACGCAGUUAACAGGUCUGGAGAGACUGCUCUUGCCAUUGCCGAGAAGAUGAACAACCAAGAACUCGUCAACAUUCUGCGAGACGCCGGCGGCGUCGUAACUGCAAAAGAGCCGGUGCAUCCUGCAAACCCGGCGAAGCAGCUGAAGCAAACCGUGAGCGAUAUCAGGCACGACGUCCAGUCCCAGAUCAAGCAGACACGGCAGACCAAGAUGCAGGUCCAGAAGAUCAAGAGCAGGCUGGAGAAGCUCCACAUCGGGGGCCUGAACAACGCCAUCAACUCCAACACGGUGGUGGCGGUGCUCAUCGCCACCGUGGCCUUCGCCGCCAUAUUCACCGUGCCCGGCAACUUCGUGGAGGCCAUGAGCCAGGCGCCCCCCGGCAUGUCCCUGGGGCAGGCGUACGUGGCGAGCGACCCGGCAUUCAUAAUGUUCCUGGUGUUCGACUCCCUGGCGCUCUUCAUCUCGCUCGCCGUCGUGGUCGUCCAGACGUCGCUCAUCGUGGUGGAGCAGAAGGCCAAGCGGAGGAUGGUGUUCGUGAUGAACAAGCUCAUGUGGCUGGCGUGCCUCUUCAUCUCCGCCGCCUUCAUAGCUUUGACCUACGUGGUGGUCGGCCGCGACGACUGGUGGCUGGCCUGGUGCACCAUGGCCAUCGGCGCGGUGAUCAUGCUCACCACCCUCGGCUCCAUGUGCUACUGCAUCGUCGCGCACAGGAUGGAGGAGAAGAGCAUGAGGAAGAUCAGGAAGGCAUCCGCGAGCCAGUCCCGGUCAUGGUCCAUGCCGGUCGACUCGGACGACCCGGAGAUGAUCAACACCGAGUACAAGAAGAUGUACGCGUUGUAGGUCAGGGGGACGAUCACGUGCCGGGGAUCUGUACAUAGUUAUUACUAGCAAACAUGUUUACAACCGAAAAAACAUGCCCAUAUGUUGAGCAAAUAUAAAGAUGUCAUAACUUUUUAAA